AAGGAAAUGUCCGGACAAGAGAAAAAGGACGAAACGCCCGAACAAGUGAAAAAGAAACAAAAAGAUAAAUUCAUAAUAAUGAAAUUAAAAGAGACAUGGGAAGAAACCGAAAAUCGGAUAAGAAAAAGACGAAAUAUAGUGAUAAUUAAUAUUGCAAUGGCAACGUUUGCUGUGCUUUUUGGAAUAGUAUUAUUUUAUGUUUUUUGGAACGGACUUGCCAGUAACGUAUUUCGCAUUGCAACAUCAAGUAUUAUUGCUAGUGGUGGAGUUUUGGCUCUUUUAAGGAUCCUGAGUGACCAUUUAUAUUCAAAUAAGGAUGCUAUAAUUUCGUUUGCUAAUGACCUAAAAACUAUUACAGCCGAAAAAGGCAACGACGAAAAUGAUGAUAUUCUUGAAGUCAAGGAAGAAAAACAUAACAAUAAAGACUGGAGAAAAGAUAUUGAUGAAUUUGAUAGAGAAUCUCAAUCAAAACCUAAUAAGCAUCAAUCAAAAAUUAAUGAGGAUACGGAUACAUUUAAACAAAUAUGUAAUACCCCUGUCCCAUGGAAUAUUGUUCAAAAAUAUAUAAUUGGUAUAGCUAAAGUAGGAUUUAGGAUGAAAACUGAUAAUAUAGUAGCCAUUAUAGAAUCUAUAGAAAUAACUAAAAAGCAAAAGGAUGAACUUAGGAGCCUUAU